AUGCCAAGUCUAAUCUUGAGCCAAGAGUCUUUUGACGAGAAACUGCCGUCUUCACUAAGUAGGAAGAGCAGUGCGAGCAGGGAGUUGAAAACGGAAAGACUGAGACAUCUGUCUUUAGAAGCUGGGAACGAUGAGGAUCGUAUGCUUGCCCAGGCGAUCAACAAGCAGAUUAAUCGGUCGCGAAGAAUUUUGGUACUGACAGGUGCCGGUAUAUCCUGUAACGCUGGAAUACCAGAUUUUCGGUCUUCUAGUGGGCUUUAUGAGCUUGUAAAGCGCCAGCAUCCAGAGGCAAGCAUAAAAUCAGGGCAGGAAAUGUUUGAUAUCUCGUUGUUCCGUGAAGAAGCUAAAAUUCCAGUCUUUGCAACUUUUAUGGAAAAACUGUACAGUAGCGCAAGACUGGCCCAGCCAACUAGAACGCACAGGUUUAUAGCCCAUCUCAAGAAUAGGGGGAAGCUCUUACGCUGCUAUACACAGAACAUCGAUGGAUUAGAAGAGAGUUUAGGAUUGGAAGUGUCAUCGGAGCGCGAUUGUAACACGACCAUGGCCAACCAAUGGAAAAAUGUGGAUGUGGUCCAGCUGCAUGGGGAUCUGAAUAAACUGAGCUGCACACAGUGUUUCCAGACUUAUAACUGGAGCAGAGUACUGUCUAGAAGUUUAAGAAGUGGCCAGCUGCCCAGUUGUCCUCGCUGCCAGGACUCUAACCACCAACGGUCUCGUUUAGGGAAGAGAAAUACAGGCUCUGUAGGUCUUUUGAGGCCGAAUAUCGUGUUGUAUGGUGAAAAUCAUCCCAGCUGCGAGUUCAUCAGCGAUGGACUAAGUAUAGACAUGGCUCGCGGGCGACCAGAUUUACUGUUCAUUAUGGGUACUAGCUUGAAGGUAGAUGGCGUCAAGAAGUUGGUGCGCAAUGUUAGUAAACAAGUGCAUGAACGAGGUGGUCUAGUGAUACUCAUCAACAAAACGUCUAUCGGGGACUGCAAUUGGCAUGGCAUUAUAGACUAUCAAAUUCUAUCCGAUUGCGAUGCAUGGGUGGAUCAUCUGCAAGGAAGUAUUCCGGACCUCUUCAAAACCCAGCAACAAAUUGAAAAGGCCAAACAACUGAAAAGAGAAAAUAGCGAGGUUCGCAAACGUCAGCGGGAGGAAAGGAAGCUGACACCCCCUCCAACGCCGCGAAAAAACCAGCGGCAGUCUCCCUCAGUCAAAUCAGCCGUGUCCCGUACGAGUCCUCAAAAUAUAAAAAAUAUUGAUUCAUCGAUACAAACCACCAUUUUAGAGGCUAAUGAUCUUCGUGCGAGACUUGAAUUUGAUGAAACUAACGCGCGGGCGUGUACCUUGCCCGACUUGAAGUCAAUACCAUCUUUGCAUAGAGAAGACUCGCUCUCGAAUGCCACAGACACGACAAUAGAGAAUGAACUGUCAGACGUGGAUGAUGGAGCGGUAAACCUCUCAACUCACAUUAGCAUAGAGAAUGCAGCUCUUGUAGUUAGUUAA